AAGGACAAAUUAAAAGGUUAGUGUAAAAUGGGACAUCACUGCUGCAGUAAACAGAAAGUAAAGAGAGGUCUUUGGUCUCCCGAAGAAGAUGAAAAACUCAUUAGACACAUCACCACUCAUGGCCAUACCUGUUGGAGUUCUGUCCCUAAACUAGCUGGAUUGCAAAGGUGUGGAAAGAGUUGCAGGCUGAGGUGGAUAAAUUACUUAAGGCCAGAUCUGAAAAGGGGUUGUUUUAGUGAACAAGAAGAAAGGACUAUAAUUGAUGUUCAUAGAAUUUUGGGAAACAGAUGGGCACAAAUAGCCAAACAUUUACCUGGCAGGACUGAUAAUGAAGUGAAGAAUUUCUGGAAUUCUUGCAUCAAGAAGAAGCUUAUUUCUCAAGGCUUUGAUCCAAACACCCACAAUCUCCUCUCUCGCAAUACUCAAAAUAAGAAAAAAUCCAACACUUAUCAUCAAGAUUCCACCUCAGUUUUCACUAUAGAGACUGGUUUAUCAUCAACCAAAGAAGUUUCAAUGGACAUGAUCAAAGCAAGUCUUGCAGCAUUGUCACCUUUUCCUCUUACUAAUAAUAGUACUAUUGCUACUAUACAGUCUCAAACAAAUUUGGGUCGGCUAUAUGAAUCCUUGACUAGUACUGCUUACAAUUAUGAGAAUCAUGUUCCCACCACGACGAAUAUUGAGAACUCAAACCUUGCCACCUUUGAUUACCGAAACCAGAGUACUUCAAAUAAUUUGUCAUCAUCUUCUUCUUGUUUAACCCCAACAGAGUUUGGAAUUAUAAAUGAGAAUUGCAUGUGGGCUGUUACAGGGUUUGAACCACAUCAUGACUUUGGUCCCUCCAACAAUGGGCAUGAAGACACGCAAUUAGUACAUGAGCAAGAAGGAGCACGAGUUCAGCUUCAGGAAAAUGUUUGUCAAGAGGAGGUCUACAAUGAUGGACGAUUCGCGGAGAAUAUUACAUUUGAAGAUAGCUCUAACUUUGAUUUUGCGUUUGUGGAUUCUGCAUUGAUGCCUUGUGGAAUUUACACUAACGUAAAUUCUAUAGAUCAACUUACAUGGGAUUGUUAAUUAAUUAGUUUAACUUCUACAGAUUCUUUUUUAGAUUUCAGUAUACAACUGUUGCAAGUUAUUUCUCUUGCGUUAUCAUGUUGGAAUAGCAGAAUUAAUUGUUUCUUAAAGAGAAAAUGGUAGUUGUCAUAUUUUGGGUACCGUUUUUUAAUUAGUGUACAUAGUGAGAUAUUUCAACUGG